CGGAUCUUAAUUGUUAGAUUGAUUAAAUACAUAGCAAGCAGAUAUAAAAAAAAAAAACAUUUAACAUAGAAGAAUAUUACUUUAUUCUCAUUGUUUCCAAGUCAAACGUACUAGAAAAAAAUUAAUGAUGAUGAGAACAAAUUGGCGUGGCUGUAAGGAAUGGGCCAAUGAAGGAGUUCCGAUUACUACUACAAGUGAUGAAGCAAGUAAAAUGUUCGAUGCAGUUUUAUCUCAAUACGUGGGAUGGUACGAAGACAGUUCACUAGGAGGAAUAGAAAAUAGUAUAAAUAAAAUGGUUGACGCAGAUCAAGACUUUGUUCUAGGUCACGUAAUAAAAAAUGGUAUCAAGUUGUCAGGCCUUUCAACAAAUAUGGAAUUAAAUUCAGAGUUUAGAGAGACAAUUAACUACAUGCUGGAUAUAGCUAAGAAGCAAGCAAUUUCAGACAGGGAAAAGAAGCAUGUGUCUGCUGUAGCUUUAUGGGCAGAAGGAAAACUAACACAGGCAUGCAAAAUUUGGGAGGACAUACUGAUUGAGACACCUACUGAUAUGUUGGCGCUGAAAUUUGCCCAUGAUUGUUAUUUCUGCUUGUCGUAUCAUCAACAAAUGAGAGACUCUAUAGCGCGUGUCUUACCUUUCUGGAACACAUCACUACCUUUAUACGGAUACAUCUUAGGAAUGCAUGCUUUCGGUCUUGAGGAAACACAUCUGUAUGACGAAGCUGAAAAGCAGGCUAAAAAAGCUUUAGAAAUAAAUAAACAUGAUGGUUGGGCUACUCAUGCUUUGUCACACGUUUAUGAAAUGACAGGACAGCAUGUAAAAGGAAUAAACUUCAUGGCAAGUACUGAAAAUGACUGGAAGGUUUGUGGAUUGACAGCUUGUCAUAACUACUGGCACUAUGGACUUUAUCAUAUCGAACAGGGUAACUUCGAAGAUGCUUUUCGACUUUUCGAAAAAGAGAUAGGCAAAAGAUCCCUCCAGUCCAAGUCAACCAUGGAAAUUGUUAAUUCCGUGUCAUUCCUGUACAGACUCAAAUUCGAAGGAGUACCAGUAAAGGAAAAGAUGUACGAUUUCUAUGAAGUUUGUAAAAACCAUUUAGAUGACCACGUAAUGGGUUUCAACGAUGCACAUUAUAUGAUGGCUUGCCUCGGAGUUGAUGAUACCAAAUCUGCCAGGAAUUUUGAAGAUUCAAUAAAAGAAUUUAUAAGAUGCGGGAAUGGUGACACACGUGAUGCCAUGAACACCGUUGGUCUUGAUCUGUGUGAAGCGUUUGCAGCCUACGAGGAUCAACAGUUCAGUGCUGCUGUUAACAUCAUUUAUCCAAAACGAUAUCAAAUAGUCAAACUUGGUGGAAGCAAUGCACAGAGAGAUGUUUUUAAUUUGUUUAUAAUCCAUGCUGCACUUAAAUCAGAUGACAAGAAACAUCAAAAUUUGGCCAGGAUGUUGAUAUCAGAAAGGGAAUGUUUGAAGGCAAAUUCACCCCUUACCACUAGACUAAAGGCAAAAUUGUACAAUACGUCAUACUGACGUCUUUGAAAACUUUAUUGUUGGUUGAUCUAUGAUUUAACUUAGACGGUUAUUCAAUAAAAUAUUGUUCAGAGUCCUAAAUAAUGAAUUUAAAGAUUUUUCAGUUUGUUG